UGAAAAACACGGCCCUGCCGCCAGAAAGAUUCUAACAUGACGACAACAGCUCUCUUCCUCUUCCCCGAAUCUCAUCCUUAAUUCUUCCCAACCAAAAAAUUUAGGAAUCUAUUGUGUAAUUGAACUCCCUUCCUAACCCAGAAAAAGCAAUAAGCGGAAAAUGCAAUGGAGAAUUGCUGUUUAGGGCACACGUUUUCUUCCCAACAAUGCAAGUAGUUUUAGGGCACACAUUUCAUUUUUCUUCCUGAAAUUCGCUGCAAUGCUUCUUUGAUUGCGGUUCAGGAUUGUCGCAUUCUUUCAGAGUCACUUCUUGCUUCAAAUUAUGCUGCACGAGCUACUACUAGGACUGGUCGGCUACACCGGAGACCUUAUCAUUGACGAAAGAGAGUACCAUCAGCAAGAACCGCUCCGCCAAUCGGACGAGUGCACCUUCAAGCUCGCUCCGGAUAUCUUUUUCAUCCAACCAAGUGAAAGGGAUGUGAUUGAGAGGUUAAUUAAGCUGGGAUUCUACUUCAAAGAGCUUGAUCGAUUUGCUACCAAGUCCCGCAAUUUGAGUUGGAUAAGGCCCCCAAAUGUGUUACCCUCUUCUGAUUCGUCAUCUAAUGGAAUAAAAGAGACUCAGAGUGUGUAUAGAAGGGCCAUAGCCAAUGGCAUUGUUGAGAUUCUGUCUGUUUACAAGUCUGCAGUUCUAAGCAUUGAGCAGAAACUCUUGUCUGAUCCUGUACCUAUAUUGGCAACUGUUACACAAGGCCUCAAUAAGUUCUUUGUCCUUCUGCCACCUCUUUAUGAACUGGUUUUAGAGAUUGAGCGAAAUGGGUUACAAGGAGGGAGGCUUCUUAACUUAUUGCACAAGCGCUGCCACUGUGGAGUUCCUGAAUUGCAGACAUGUCUUCAGAGGCUUCUCUGGCAUGGGCAUCAGGUCAUGUAUAAUCAGCUUGCAUCUUGGAUAAUAUAUGGAAUUCUUCAUGAUCAGCAUGGAGAAUUUUUCAUAAGCAGGCAGGAGAAUAGGGACUCAGAGCAUGACUCACCUGCAGAUGUGAUGGACCGAUUGACUUCCUUGUCAAUGGAGGACACUUCACUUACUGACUGGCACUCAGGCUUCCAUGUUUCUCUGGAUAUGCUGCCAGAGUAUAUUCCAAUGAAUGUUGCGGAAUCGGUUCUCUUUGCUGGGAAAGCUAUUAGGGUUUUGCGCAAUCCAAGCCCUGCAAAUAGUGUCCAGGGGGCACAUUCUCAUCAGCAGAUUCGAAGAGGAUCACAAAAGUCUCAGUUGAGGACUGUUCAAAUGUCACUGACAAAGGAUUCAUCUUCGCUAGAUGUACUGGUUGGGGAGGAAUUACUUCCACAGACUGAUGCUGAUAAGAUUGAAACCAUGCUUCAAAAUUUAAAGGAGUCAUCUGAAUUCAACAAAAGAUCAUUUGAGGGUGCAAUCGACUCAAUUAGAGCAAUUGCUGCGAGCCACCUUUGGCAGCUAGUUGUUGUACGUGCAAAUUUGAAUGGUCAUUUGAAAGCCCUUAAAGAUUAUUUUCUUUUAGCCAAGGGUGAUUUCUUUCAGAGCUUCCUUGAAGAGAGUCGGCCAGUGAUGCGGCUACCCCCUCGUCAAUCCACGGCUGAAGCUGAUCUCAUGGUCCCAUUUCAGCUUGCUGCUUUGAAGACCAUUGGUGAUGAAGAUGAAUAUUUUUCCAGGGUGUCAUUGAGGAUGACUUCAUUUGGAAUUCCUGUUAAAUCCUCCCAACUAGAGCUACUGAAGACAAAAUCUUAUGUUGAUGGAGACUCAACUGUUCAAUCAGAGACUUCAAAUGAAGUGUCAAUUGAUGGAUGGGAUGGCAUCACUCUUGAAUACUCAAUUGACUGGCCGUUGCAGUUAUUUUUUACGCCUGAAGCGCUCUCUAAAUACCGGCGAAUCUUCCAGUAUUUGCUUCGGUUAAAACGUACCCAGAUGGAAUUGGAGAAAUCAUGGGCUUCUGCCAUGCAUCAUGAUCAUUCCGAUAUGUCAAAUGAUCAAGAUGGCAGCGCUAGGUCUCAUCAGCGACGGCAGCGCUCUAGACCAAUGUGGCGUGUUAGGGAACACAUGGCCUUCUUGAUCAGAAAUUUCCAAUUUUACAUUCAGGUUGAUGUAAUAGAAUCACAGUGGAACGUGUUGCAAUCUCAUAUUCAGAACUCUGACGAUUUUACAGAUCUUGUUGGCUUCCAUCAAGAGUACUUAUCUGCGUUAGUAUCUCAAUCUUUCUUGGAUAUUGGCUCUGUGUCAAGAAUUUUGGAUGGUAUUAUGAAGCUUUGCUUGCAAUUCUGCUGGAAGAUUGAUUAUUUGGAGAGCAAUGAAACAACAUUUGACCUAGAGCAGAUAGCGGAGGAAUUUAGUAAAAAAUCAAACUCCUUGUAUACAAUACUGCGCAGUAGCAGACUUGCUGGAAGUCAGCGAGCCCCAUUUCUUCGGCGUUUUCUUCUGCGUCUUAACUUUAAUUCCUACUUUGAGGCAACUGCUAGAGGAGUGAUUAAUGUUGUCAGGCCACGCCCUACAUCCACAGUGCUGAAAUGAUUAUUGUACGUCAAUCCUGCCCGAAUUACUUUGCUUCGGUCACAUGAUUAAACUCUUGAACACUGGCUGAAUGACAAGGUUCAACGCUGAAGUUGAACUACUGAAGGUGGAGAUCAUUUGGAUUUAGUAAUGUAUAUAUAGAAGUAGAUUCCUCACCCGGUCUAAUGCACUGCUGCUUGUCCUUAGCGUGUGUAUCUGUUUACCCAGACUUUUGUUCCCGGAUGCAAUCGUGAGAUUCAAAACCUUGACUUACUCCCAGCACGACUGGAUCACUCUUUAGAUUCUGAAGUUGAGUAUGUUCAAUAGUUACACUAUUUAGCAGUACAAUGAGAAAUUCGCAAUGUAAAAUUAUCUUGACAUUCCUUUAUCAAAUAUCAAAAGCGGGUGGGUUUUGAGUUUAUGAAAUAUGUGUUCAACAAACAUGACGAAAAAGAACAUGUUGUAGUGCCUCGAAUCUGUAUUCUUGCCGAG